GAUAUGAAGAGGCCCUGAAACAGCCCUGAAAAUAUGUGGUCCAGCAAAUAUUAUAAGCACACUUACACUCCACGAAUGUAAUCAUCAGCAUAUGUAUUAAGAGGUCCCAACAAUUACACUAGGAGUUAAGAGUUGUCAGCCUCAAAAUGAUGUGGCAUUUUAUAUUACACAGUUCGUUAAAUGUAAAAACAUUUAACAGACAUGUAGCCGUAUGUAUUCUGUCAUAUAGAAAAAUGUCCAAAGUGUCUUAUCGAGUCAGCAGUAAAAUUUAUGAAUUCAUUCAACAGCAUAAGAGACGAGUUGGGUAUAACGAAUUUCCUUCAUCUAUAAACACCAAUCAAAACACAAUCGAAACCAAAGAAAUGCAGUAUCUGGUUAAUAAGUCCAAUGUGAAGAUAAAAGAAAUAUUAGAACUUUACUCCCCAACGGAACUCAUGAAAGUGUUAACUAGUUACACCAACGGUGAGUCUAGGAUUAUUAAGGGAGUAGAAAAAACCUGCUGUUGUAGAUGUCAUGACUGGAACACAACCCAGAGGUUAAACCUUGCUGUGGCAUUCUUCAAGUUACAUUAUAUUCCCAUAUUGUACAUAGACGAGCUACUGCACUAUAUAACAGAGGAAAUCCUAGUAGACAGUACAUCUCUCUCAUCUGGCCAAAUCUUGGAAGUUUUAUUCUUUUGUAGUCUUAAUAUACACAGAUCAAGUGAUGUCCUCAUGCACUGUAUGGAGCAGCAAGUUCUUCAGCAUAUUGGUUCAUUCAGUGUGAAUGAUCUUGGUGUAGUUGCCCAUACAAUGUUCUCAUCGAAUCACAGUAUUAGAUCUAUAGAUCUCCUUGAACAAUUUGCACAAACUCUGAUCUCAUAUAUUGACAAUAUAGACUUUGAUAUGAUGGAAAACAUUCUGAAAUCACUGAACCAUGGUGGCUACUUUAAGUUAUCUUUCUAUGGUGAAUUGGCAGAUAAACUCUGUAUUAGAGUACCAUCUGUGGGGAAUCCAUAUACACUUAUCAGAAUGGUGAAAGCGCUCUCUUCAAGAAAUUACUACCAUAAACACUUGAUGACUCUUUGUAUUGAUAAAUACCUUGAAAUGUUCAAAGUUGAAAACUUUAGAAUAAAGGACGUAGCAAGAAUACUUAAUGCAGUAUCCCAUCUCGACCACACAUGUACUCCUAACCAGAUAGAUCAGUUUGUAAGUAUAGUUGAAGACUAUAUACAAUGUGGGAACUGUGAACAAUGGCCUGAGGAAAUGGUGGAUAUAGUUGCCUCCAUGCUGACAAUGGACACUGCCACAGAGAGCAUGCUACAAGCUGUCACUGAUAGAAAGUUCGUCAAGAAACUAAGUAAAUCUCCAGGAAAAGACAAAGGGAAUAGGAUGCUGUUGAUUGACAGGUGUUUGGCUUUUAACUCCACCCAUUUUGAAGAUAGGUCAUUACGUGUACCUGAGGCAUAUCUAGCUACAUUGCCGGCCAAUGUAUUUGCACAGUCACACUUCGAGGCCAAGAGAACUGGUCUUCCACAUUUAGUACAGUACCUCACUUCAAUGUAUGGGCAUAGGGCAGUGAAAUGGCAUGCCAUCUUGGACCAUUUUAAAACUAUGGACAUUGAAAUAAGACUAGAUGAAGACAAUCAGCCAAUAGAAUUCAAUGAUGAAAAGAGUCCAUAUACUAAAUUCCAAAGGACAAGGGACAUUUCACAAGACACUAUGAAGAACAUUGUAGCUUCAGUAGAGAACUCAAUUACAUUCAAGCUACAGAGUGAGAUGGAACAGGAGAAUGCUAAGCAAAAUGAUGAAAAGGCCUGCCACCUAGAUGGAAGAAUAUUGGAGCCUAUUGAUACCAUUGAUAACAAAUGUAGACGAGUCGCAGUGGUUCUCCUGGGCUUCAACCAAUGUUGUAGCAAUAACAGCAGGAGGCUCCUUGGCAUGACUAAGUUGAAGCUGAAACAUCUACGCAUGGCUGGCUAUCAUGUUCUUAUUGUAUCGCCCAAACAGUGCACUCUAAUAGACACAGACUCAAUUUCAGAACAGAGAACACAUAUCAGAAACUUUAUUUUGAAACCACUUGGAUUAAAGUAAUUUUGUUGUACACUAAAAAUAUGAAUGAUAGUAUUUUUUGCGUUGCUCUGCAUGUUCUAUUUAGUGACUACCUGUUUGUUUUAUACAGGUUGUCAAAUAAAUAGGUCCUCCCCCUUAAUUUUAAGAGAAUGAACUUUUGUGCAUAA